UGUCGCAAGCCGGUGAAUGGCUCCUGUGUGGCCGAGGGGCUCGGCGAGGAGGGCGAGCAGCGGCAGCUCCUCUCGGUGGUGAGGCGGCGCCUCCCCACUCCGGACGAGGGCCAUGGACCCCAACCGGAUCAUCCAGGCCCUCAAAGGCACCAUCGACCCCAAGCUGCGCCUCGCCGCCGAGCUUGAGCUCAACCAGUCCUACAAGAUCAUCAACUUUGCUCCUAGCCUGCUGCAAAUAAUUGUUUCUGAUCAAGUGGAAUUCCCAGUGCGACAGGCAGCUGCAAUUUAUCUGAAGAACAUGGUUACACAGUACUGGCCAGAUCGGGAGCCACCACCUGGAGAAGUGAUAUUUCCAUUCAACAUCCAUGAAAAUGAUCGGCAGCAGAUUCGGGAUAAUAUUGUGGAAGGAAUUAUUCGUUCUCCAGACUUAGUGAGGGCCCAGCUGACCAUGUGCCUCCGUGCUAUAAUCAAGCAUGAUUUCCCGGGUCAUUGGACAGCCGUGGUAGACAAGAUAGGCUACUACUUGCAGUCUCCCAACAGUGGGAGCUGGCUUGGGAGUCUGCUGUGCCUCUACCAGCUAGUGAAGACCUAUGAGUACAAGAAAGCUGAGGAGCGAGAUCCCCUCAUUGCCGCUAUGCAGAUUUUCUUGCCUCGGAUUCAACAACAGAUGAUCCAGCUCCUUCCGGACAACUCCCAUUACUCGGUGCUCCUUCAAAAGCAGAUCUUAAAAAUCUUCUAUGCACUUGUCCAGUAUGCACUGCCACUGCAGCUGGUGAAUAACCAAACUAUGACUCAGUGGAUGGAGAUUUUCAGGACAGUCAUCGACAGAAACGUGCCUGCUGAAACUCUGCAAAUUGAUGAAGAUGACAGACCGGAAUUGGUGUGGUGGAAAUGUAAGAAGUGGGCUUUGCGGAUUGUGGCCCGCCUUUUUGAAAGGUAUGGCAGUCCUGGGAAUGUAACAAAAGAAUAUUUUGAAUUUUCCGAGUUCUUCUUGAAAACCUAUGCUGUUGGAAUCCAACAGGUACUCCUAAAAAUCUUGGACCAAUACAGACAGAAAGAAUAUGUUGCGCCGCGAGUCCUUCAGCAAACUUUAAACUAUCUGAACCAAGGCGUCCAUCACUGCAUAACCUGGAAGCAGAUGAAACCACAUAUGCAGACUCUCUGUGAAGAAGUGAUCUUCGCUCUGAUGUGUUAUAAAGAUGAGGAUGAAGAGCUCUGGCAAGAGGACCCCUAUGAGUACAUACGCAUGAAAUUUGAUGUGUUUGAGGAUUAUGCAUCCCCUACAACAGCAGCUCAGAUUCUUCUGUAUACGGCAGCAAAGAAGCGAAAAGAGGUGUUACCCAAAAUGAUGGCAUUUUGCUAUCAGAUCCUCACUGAACCCAGCGUUGACCCAAGGAAGAAAGACGGGGCAUUGCAUGUGAUAGGAUCUCUAGCAGACAUUCUGUUGAAGAAGAGUAUAUUCAAGGAUCAAAUGGAGCUGAUGCUACAAAAUCACGUCUUUCCGUUGUUCUUGUCCAACCUUGGGUAUUUAAGAGCAAGAUCUUGCUGGACUCUUCAUUCGUUCAGCACAUUGAAAUUCCACAACGAACUCAACCUGAGGAAUGCUGUUGAGCUGGCAAAGAAGAGCCUGAUUGAUGACAAAGAAAUGCCCGUCAAAGUAGAGGCUGCCAUAGCAUUGCAGUCAUUAAUAAGCCACCAGGAACAAGCAAAAGAAUACGUUAAGCCCUACAUUCGACCAGUUAUGCAGGAGCUGCUGCUUGUAGUUCGGGAGACCGAGAACGAUGACCUCACCAACGUCAUCCAGAAGCUGAUUUGCGAAUACAGCCAGGAAGUCGCAUCCAUUGCUGUGGAAAUGACGCAGCACCUGGCAGAGAUAUUUGGCAAAGUCCUUCAGAGUGAAGAAUAUGAAGAAAUGGAGGAUAAAACUGUCAUGGCAAUGGGAAUCCUGCACACCAUCGACACCAUCCUGACCGUUGUGCAGGACCACAAAGAGAUCACUCAGCAGUUGGAGAGCAUUUGCUUGCAGAUCAUUGGUCUCGUCCUGCAGAAGCACGUAAUAGAGUUCUAUGAAGAAAUCCUUUCUCUGGCAUACAGCUUGACCUGCCAUCUGAUUUCACCUCAAAUGUGGCAGCUUCUGGGUGUCUUAUAUGAAGUGUUUCAGCAGGAUUGCUUUGAGUACUUUGCAGAUAUGAUGCCUCUUCUGCACAACUACAUCACUGUUGACACUGAUACUUUAUUGUCGAAUCCCAAAAACUUAGAGAUAAUUUAUGCUAUGUGUAAAAAGGUGUUAACGGGCGAUGCAGGUGAAGAUGCAGAAUGCCAUGCUGCCAAGCUCUUGGAGAUCAUCGUUCUGCAGUGCAAAGGAAGGGGCAUUGACCAGUGUAUCCCACUCUUUGUAGAAGCUGUUCUAGAGCGUUUAACGCGAGGGGUUAAAACGAGUGAGCUUCGCACAAUGUGCCUGCAGGUUGCCAUAGCUGCCCUUUACUACAACCCCGAACUCCUUUUGCACACUCUAGAAAACAUCCGAUUUCCUCACAACCCUGAGCCCAUCACUGCGCAGUUUAUAAACCAAUGGAUGAAUGACACGGACUGUUUUCUUGGACUUCAUGACCGGAAGAUGUGCAUCAUAGGACUGAGCAUCCUGCUGGGACUCCCCAGCCGCCCCCCCGCAGUAGAUGCAGUGGUCGCCCAGAUCGUCCCGUCGGUGCUCUUGCUGUUCCUGGGCCUCAAACAAGUCUGUGCCACCCGGCAGCAUACUGAGCAUGAAGAGCAGGCUAAAGCCGAGAAGAACGAUACGGAAGAUAAUGAAGAGAUACAAAGUGAUGAAGAGGAGGCAAAUGAAGUAAGCCAGGAAAUGCAGGAGAACCAUGCUGGGAGUGGUGGUGAUGUUGGAGAUGAAGAUGACGACGACGACGAUGAUGACUGGGACGAUGAUGCAUUGGAAGAAACUGCUUUAGAAGGUUUCAGUACCCCGAUUGACCUGGAAGGGGGCGUGGAUGAAUAUCAGUUUUUUGCACAAGCGCUCUUAGCCGUACAGAGCCGAGAUGCAGCCUGGUACCAUUUGCUGACAGCUCCACUCAGCAACGAUCAGAAGACGCAGCUGCAGGAGAUCUGUGCAUUAGCCGAACACCGGAGGAGUUCCACAGAAUCAAAGAGGAUAGAACAGCAGAUGGGCUACACAUUUGACAACAAAGGACUGGCCUCUUCAUUUAACUUUGGCAGUGUUCCAGGCAGCAACUGAAAGGGGCUGAAAAUGCCAAAAAGACACUCUGCAGAAUAGUUCAGUAUUGCAUUUUAUUAUAAAACGUUUGUGACGUGAAUAGGCAAGGGAAGGUAAUUGGGUGCUGUGGAAGAUUUCCCCUUUGGGAAAGGCAGUUGUUGACCCUCUUCCCCCCUCAUUAGGACAUUCUUUCUAACCAGCUACUGUAAUGUAUAAAUUCUUGUGGUAUUUUUAUAAGUUGUUGGACUGAAAAGAAAGUAUCUGCCCCCAGCUCAUCCCACUAAGGAAACGGGGAAUCGGUCAUACGGAAUCGGAUUGAGUUAUGCUUCUCAGGUUUCUGCCAUGUGGAAUUGAAGGGGUCUUCUGGAUUAACUGUGCCUUCUCUUGGAUAUGGAUUGCCUGAACAAAAGAAUUUUGGGGUGCAUUGUAUUUUUUUUCUUUUAAAGGAUGGACAUUUGUAGGCGCAAUUCAGACCUUGCUUUCCAUGUUCUUCCAUUAUCUUCCUCUGGUGAUGAUUGUGUAGCUGUGUAUCAUCAGUCACAAGCCUCACAUCGUUGGCUACAAAAUCUUUCUGCUUCUCUAGCUGUCUGUAUUGAACAUAAUGUCCACACUAUCAGGAAUGCCCCUUGGAUUCAUAACACUUUUCAGUGAACAACUUGAAUAACAACUCCUUCACUUUGGCCCUCAAUAUUGACCAUGCCAUAGGAGUCCUUUAAAGCAGUCGGUUUCCAGCAUUCUUUCCAUUUCAACUUGCCUGCCAUGGAACUUGUCUUACGUUGCAGAAGAUUCUAGCGUGUGCAUGCAAAAAAGUCGGGCCUGUUGAGUUUCAUCAUUAUGUUUGCAAGCUCAUACUAUGCUCUAGAAUUAUGCCUUCAGGCCGCCGUUGUUGGAGAAGAUCCAAAGUUGUAGGUCAUCUGUCUGUCUGCUGAAUCUGUGUCUGCUGUUACUGACCUUCUCUUUGAAGAAAUCUGAAGGUUCCUUUGAAAACAAGUUUGAAAAACCACUGCCUUAAUGGAAAUGAAGGCUUUGUGAAGCUUCAGAAAUCAAGUUUGUAGAAGUCGCAGUUACGCUUCGAGUUGAGCAGAUUCAGAUCUCCAACUAUUAUCAGUGCUGGUAUCUAUUUCUUGAUGUGCCAGUAAUCAAACCAUGGGCUUUUGAAGUGGUUGUUGACUUCAUAGUUACAUGUCUUUGGACAGAAUUGGAUUCUAUGUUAGGAUCCUAUGAAGCCCUUUUGCUUAAGUUGCAUCACUAUCCUAUUUUCAGCCAUCUCAGUGGUAAAAAAUGUAGGCUAUAAAUAAGUGGUGAUAAAUCUAGCUCCAGUAUCCAGCUACUGAGCGAUGAGCAGAACUGUAGAAUGACAGUAGCUAGAAUAAAAUGACUUACCUUGCAUAAAGCCUGGGUGGGUCCUAAUGAUUGGAGGGGGUGGCAAAGUUGGCAACUGAUUAAGUUCCUGGGCCACUGGUUGCCCUGGUCUGUCCGUCUGCUCCAUAGCCUGUUAUCUGUCACAGAUCCUAACGGCAGAUGCUCCUGUGUUUCUCCAAUAGUUGCUCUUUUUAAUGAAGCAUAAUAUUUUAGCCUUAUCAGUUUUCCAGACACAUUUGAAGACUGCAUCUCAUGAGCUAUUUUGCAUUUAUGUACAGCUGCUUAUAGAAAAUACAGGAAUGCUGUCAA